CCCCCUGUCACCUAACAGCCCUAUAAAAGACAGCAGAAGUGGGCCUGCCGAUAAGAAGCUGGUCUCAAGACAAGCCAUGCAGUUUAAAGUCCUCGUCAAUGUGUUCUUGCUGCACCUCAUAAACAAUGCGUCUUCCACAGACGUACACGCCCCACCGAAUACAAAUGUGAGCCUCCCGUGCAACGUGACCCUAGAGUUGGACGAGCUGGACGAGGCUCUCCUUCAAGUCGGCUGGGUGAGCAACGGCUCAGACGUGGCCUCCUUCGAGAAUGCGACCUCGCAGAUAAAACACGGCUUCUUCUGGACCACGGGCCGUUUCCUCAAUGGAGACUUUUCCGUGACCGUCCUCGGCGUGGGCCUGAGCCUGCAGGGAGCGUACGAAUGCACGGUCCACUACAACUCCACAAUGCUGUACUCCAGCACGGUUACACUCAGCGUCAUCGCUCCCCCGUCUCUCUCAGUACCGCAACAAUGGGUUGUGUUGGAGACCGAGAGCAAGCUCGAAUGCCACGCAGAUGCCUUCUACCCUCCACCUGUGUCUUUUAGCUGGACCAGGGACGGUCAACUCAUUCAGUCUUCUUACCUGCUUGAGGGUGAAAAGAGUCCUGAUGGCUACUACACAGCUGCUGGCAACCUCACCUUCUAUCCAUCUCGAGGGGACCAGAAUGCCACUUUUGGCUGCAAAGUGACCCACAAUGGCACCACCCAGGAGCUGUACUUUCAACUCAACAUCACAUACCUCCCCACUGUCAGACUCUCGGCCAUCCCUUCGCCUUCCAGCAACAGUCCCGUCACCCUCUACUGCGACGUGGAAAGCUUCUACCCGGAGGAGAUGUCUGUAUACUGGCUGCAAAAUGGCACAGUCCUCCAAGAUCCGCCCGGCAACGAGCAGAACCCAGAUGGGACGUUUAGAAGCAGACGCUACUUUACGCUGAGCCCUGAGCAGAGGUGGAAAAGCGGCGAGGUGGAGUGUGCUGUCAACCAACCAGGAGUUAUGCAGCCGAUCCAGGCUUCAGGAUACCUAGAAGAACUGGAUCCCCAAGAUGAGCCACCAGUGCUCACGAAAUCCGCCAAAGCCUCUGUGGCCCUGAUGUGUAUCUCCUUGGUGCUUGUCUUCCUGCUGUGCUUCGGCUUUUCCUGGAGGAGAAGAGAUGAGAAGCAGAAAUCUCUGGCGGUGUCGGGAAUCAUCCUCCCUCCUCGCGUAGUCGUGGGUCAAAAGGGCAGGGUGAGUGUGAGUAUCGAAGGCAGGAGGGUGGACCGAGUCCAGACCGCUUGGUUCCUAAAUGAUACGCCCAUCUCUGACACCUCCCUCACAGGACCCUCCACAGCAAACUUUAACUGCCUCUAUAACCCGCUAACCAUCAUCCAUCUGCCCUACGGCCUAACUCUCACCUCCCCAGUGUCCGAGAAGGGCCCUCUGCUGCCCGCCAGAGGUGAGAUGGGCUACUACAAGCUGCACUCCCAGGGGCCCCUGUACUCCACGGGAAGUGGCGCGCAGCAGCAGAUUGUCGCCUCGCUCACCUUCAUCCCGCAGAUUUCCAUCCACAAGGGGGCGGUGUUUAAGUGUCAGGUGUCCUACGCUGGCAAAGACAAGAUUGUGAUGGAGAGAGUGUCGGAGAGGUUUACCGUGCUGUCUGCACCAGAAGUAUCCGAAAUUCAACUGGCAGAGACUCCAAAUGACUCCGACAUCAUCAGUCUGACGGUGCGGGCAUCCCAUUUCCACCCAGACGUCAUCACAUUUCGCUGGUUCUGCCAGGGGGGCGAGCUGAGCCCCGUGGCCUCCCAGGCCUCGUCCUCCCCUCGACCCAAUCCUGAGGGCUUUUUUUCCGCCUUCAGUCAGUGUAAACUACCUCGCAGUGAAUUAGAGCAGGGGGGCACCAGAGUGUGGGUCAGCGUCCAUCACAUCGCUCUCAAGCAGCCGGUCACCCGCGAGACCAGAGGCUUCAUCAAGCAGCCGCGCGUGUCCGACAUCAUCAGCGCCGCCUCCCUCUCGACGGACCAGACUUUGACCCUCGGGUGUGAGAUCACAGAUUUCUACCCUCCCGACGUGACGGUCACCUGGCUGAAGGUGAGAAAAGGCGAGCGAGACGACAGCGAGGACCAGGUUAUGGAGGGGGGAGAGCUGUGGGGCCCUAUGGAGAUUCAGCCCAGGCUCUACAGAACCACCGCCACUUUGAGGACCACAGCCCACCAGGAGAAAAAACAGCGGGGGGACAGGAUCAAAUGCAGAGUGGAGCACGCUUCCCUGCAUGAACCCAUUGAGAGAUUUUGGAAAAAUGUUGACAUUGUUGCUCCCACUAUCCCUUUGUCCAUUUCGGUGUGUUGGAGCAGCGAAGGCGUGGGCGUGUUCUCUCUCAUGUUGAAGGGGGGUCACCCCAAGGUCAAACUACAGUGGACAGCGGGCUCCGCUACCCUCUCGCCACUGGUGUCCAAUGAGACAGAAGAGAUCGGGGACGACGGGCUGAGGGAGCUCAAAAGUGUGUGUGCUCUCGAGAGGACCACACGACCACCCAGUCGGACUCCAAAACAAAGGAACAGGCACAGAAUAAAAACAAAAGCAGUGGUCACAGACCCGAACGCCGAAGAGAUAGCGUACAUCGACGAAAAAGAGGACGGAGAGAACAACAACAACAACGUGGAAAAAUACGAAGAAACAAAGUUGUCUGAUGUGGAUGAGGGAAGCGACGAGGAGGACGAGGAACGAGAGUGGGACUCCGGUGCGCUGCGCAUCAACAAGGUGGAUUUGAGGCAGGGCAGCAGGGAAAGCGAGAGGGCUCGCCUGCGGGUGUGUGUGGAGCUCACACACCCUGCACUCACACUUCCUGUUUACAGGAGCUGGACAGAGCCCAUUGAGGAAAUAUCUUCCAUGUGAACACCUGACAGCUACAAAAACUACUGUUAUUAUAUUCCAGUGAAAAUGUUUAGUAAAUAGAAAUGACUAUUAUAGCUCCGUUUUUAUUCGUCUGGUAGUUUAGAUCUUUAUUUAUUAUUGUUGUAUGCUUGUAUUUUUGUACAAAUAUAUUAUAUGAAUAAAAAACAUUUUUUAUGUGAAUUACUAUCAAAAUCAGCAUUUUAGAAUAAAAUCUGACUUCAUUCUGA